AUGCAUUCGACAGUAUUCUUCAUUGUUGUCCAUAUGACAAUCACAAUGUGUCUGGCUGUCGGCGGCAAUCUUUUUAUGAUUUUCGUCAUUUGGAGGGGAAAUCGGGCGGCGAGGAGGAGGAUAUCGCCCGUUCAGUUUCUUCUACUUCAUACUUGCGCCGCCGACUUGCUGUUUGCUCUGUGUUGUCUAGGGACUGAAAUUUUAUUAAUGCUGAUCUAUCCGUUUCAAGGUUCCGCCUGGUUGUGUAAGGCCAUCCGCUACACCCAAAUGGUACCUCUCUACGCUAGCCCUUUCCUCCUAGUAGCGAUAAGUGCCGAUCGAUAUCAGGCAAUUUGCCGACCACUAGCUCAUUACCGUCGAAAUCGAUACAAGAUCCCGACCUAUCUGGCGAUCUGCGCUUGGGCCCUGGCGCUGAUCUGCUCUAUUCCACAAGUUUUCAUUUGGGGAAAGUUUGGCAAAAACCAACAAUGCGCCACUUUUUACGGCCAUGGAACGUCGAUCAUAAAGAGUGUAUAUGUCGUAGCCUUCAACACAAUCGCCUGGCUUCUCCCCUCAAUCAUGGCCGGCUGGUUCUACUAUAAAGUUUGUAAAGCCGUCUGGAUGUCUUAUAAUUCACGACCUCAACUCGAUCUGACAACAGCCCGUACGAGCCAAUGUGACAGCACCGAGACUGAAAACUACGUCACGCGACUCCGAAAGAAAUCCUGUGGAAUUAGGCGUCAAACGUCAGAAUUCGACCGAAAACGUAUGCAAACCGUGCGACUUACGCUGACAAUUAUCGCGUGCAAUUUCUUCCUCUGGGCCCCGUUCUGUGUGGUGAAUGUGCUGCAAGCAAAUGCACCCAGUCUAUUGAGCCCGUCACUAAUGGUGUACGUCGUAGUGUUGGGGAAUUUGAAUUCAUGCGUGAACCCGUGGAUUUACAUCCUGUUUAACCGAUCACACGUCCAUCGCGCGUUCUGCGGCGCGUCGAAGAGUGCCGACAAACCGCGCGCCAAGCCAAUUAUCUUUACGACCGGCCUGCAGCAGAAAACCGCCAGAGAUCUCUCAUAUAGCCAAAGAUCGACCACAUAUUCUUCCUGUAGUCGCAUGGGUACUACAAAUGGCAUAUCAGAAUUAUCCGACGCUGUAGUCAGCAAUACACACAAGAAUAGCUGCACGACCACGACCCGCGUUUCUGCCACCACCGAAACAUCUGCCCUCGUUAUUGUACCUCAAGAAAAACGGAAAAGCCGGAGAAGCCGUAAGAAUAUCAAGCGCGCACGUUCGAUUUGCGUGACAAAAGAUGAAAAGCGGGCCCUACUCGAAAAGCAGAAUCCGCCUCCUUCC